UGCUCUAGUAUUCAUAAAAUCUAAAAGCCACGUAAACAAAGAGAAUGUUCAAAAACUUGGAGUACUUUAAAUCAUGCAGUCACACGCUGGCUCAAACCCACGUUGCAUCAUGUCAGGGAUGAUAUUGACAGAGUGUAAAUAUGGCUGCAAUGUAGCGUCUUAUUAUUAUAAUCUUCACAGAUGAUUUUGAUCAAACGCCUUACACGAACACACAAAGUGGUUUCUUUCGUCGUCUUUCUCACGAUUUUGAUCUUAUUCUGCAUUGGACAACUUCAAACGCGUGGGGGGUACAUGUCUUAUGAUGUCGAGUGUCGUGCUUAAACCCACGUUGCAUCAUGUCAGGGAUGAUAUUGACAGAGUGUAAAUAUGGCUGCAAUGUAGCGUCUAAUUAUUAUAAUCUUCACAGAUGAUUUUGAUCAAACGCCUUACACGAACACACAAAGUGGUUUCUUUCGUCGUCUUCUUCACGCUUUUGGUCUUAUUCUGCAUUGGACAACUUCAAACGCGUGGGGGGUACAUGUCUUAUGAUGUCGAGUGCGGAUAUGGCGAGAAAGAACGAACAAAACUGAUAGAAUUGACGUCCCAGAUUCACUCAAUCCUGAACUCCAUUGGUCUGCAGCAUUGGCUCAUGUAUGGCUCCAUCAUUGGUGCUUUGCGAUACGAUUCGCCGUUACCAUGGGAUCACGACGUCGAUCUGGGUGCAAGACGAGAAGACUUCGACAAACUAGACCGCAAAGCAUUUAUUGAAACCUUCCAAUCCGCAGGAUUGAUAGUGCAUGAUUUUAUCUUGAGAAGAGGGUCGAUCACCUUUUCCAAAGAAGGAGGGAAGUUAUCUGUUGACUUGUUUUUAUUCCAAGAUUAUAAUGGAAUUAUUUGGCGGACUGGUGCGGAGCCAUGGCUCUUUUUCGUGCCUUAUAAAUACUAUCACACAUUUCCAGUGAAUCUUAUUCAGCCACCUUUACCUAAAAGAAAGUUUGGGUCGAUUGAAUUGAGCGUCCCUCGUGGUGAACUGGAAAUUCUUAGACAUCUGUACCCGACAAAUUGGUGGAAGAUUGUGAAACCUAAAGCGUGUGGCGCACUGUGAACCUCAGAGUGUUAAUAAACCUUGAGCAGUUGAGCUAGAGUAAUGGAUAUAAUAGCCCAAAUUUUGAGUUUACUCUGCCAUUCUUUUGUCUUCAUGAAGACUUAAAGAAUAAGUCUUGAGAAGACGAAUAUUUAGGAGAGCCGAGUUCCUGCUCUGGUUAUAACUGUCUACAUUAAUCACAACCCAUGGAAUACACCAAUUCAUUCGAAUGCCUUAGUUCCCUUUUCCGCUUACUAGACCACUUCACUUUAGUUAUCGAACUUUGUUGUAUGGGCUUUAUAAUGUAUGUUUUGUGGAUGAUUAUUCUUGAUGAUUUUUCUCUUGUCGAGAUCAUACCCUCCUUAGUCCCUCCUCCAUCGGCGUAUUCUCGGGGUUCUAUAUGAAAAGCCUUCCACCACAUCAAGCGAAUAUAAAUGUAAAUCUAUAUAGAUUUAGGCAGUGCCUAAAGGCCGAGCCAGCGUUUGAUACCUUUUUGUGUUGACUGAUAGGGGUAAUUUAGGGGGAUCUAGGUGUCUUUAAAAUGUUUUUUUUUUAAGUAGAUUAAAAACGUCAUUUUUUACUGCCAUGUCAUUAUGAAUUGUACAGUUGUAAUUUAAGUACUUUGAUCUAAUAAAAACCUCUUCCCUU